CAUGCGUGAAGUGGGUUUCGGGUGCAGAGACCCGCGCGAGCUGGGAGAGCUGCGAGCUCGAGCCCACCCUAGCGGGGGAGAGCGGCAAGUGCUUACCAAAAAUCAUCUUAAUUUGGAUACAGUAGCCUGAUAACACAUGACUCAGAAACAGCCAGAAUUUUGAUGUUUUUAAAACCUACAUGGACUGAACAGUCUUUCCAACCUCAAUAAAUCUGACAGCCCUGUGAAGGAGAAAUCAUCUUUAAGAUGCAAUAAAAGAGUCUCAACUAAGGCAGUACCAAAUUUGGAACCAGGUCACACUAAAGGUCCUUAGACAAGACUAGACGUGAUCCUAGGAAAAGCAAACUUGGAAUGUUGAGAUGCCAGUCAAACAGUCUGACUCUGCUCUUUCGGCUAGCAAGAAGUGAAGACCACUGUGAAUGCACAGGUGCUGGUGCAGAGCAGGCAGGGCCCCGUGUCAGCCCGGGCAAAGAAGGUUCCCAACCUUGGUAUCUUCAGAACCAGCCAGUUUCCAUCCUGUGCUAGACCCAGCCUCCUGGAAGGGAAAGAAUUUGGUACCUGUUGAUGGCAGUGGCCUGCUGGGGUGUCAACAGAAGGCACAAAGGACUUCAACAGCUGUCAUCAUUUGCAGAAACAGGAAGAACUUUCCUGGGCCCCCUAAAAGCAUCCAAAUUUAUCACAGACGCUGAAUGUCAGGAGAGCGUGCUGGUCAGCUCUACCCUGCGGCUGCUGGAGAGCCUGGAUGUGAGCAGUGCCGUGGGCCAGCUCCUGAACGAGGCCAUCUUCGCCCAACAUGGCGCCCACGGAACUGGAACCACCACCCUGUUGUUUCUUGCAGGCGCAUGGAGCCGGGCCGCGGAAGAGUUUCUCCACCUGGGUAUUCCCAUUCCCAUCAUCGUGUCCGUGAUGUCAGAAGGCUUGAACUUGUGCAUUGAAGAGGUGGCUUUCCUUCAAGUGCCCGUCCACCUUGUGUUUGACCAUCUGGACAGCCCACGGGCCGUGUCUGGACUUGAAGCAGCCAGAGUGAGCCCACGUGGUGUUCCACCUCCAGGGACGGCCGUGAGACAGGAAGAUGGCCAUCUCAAAGAUGGAGCCACCCCUCCCUCGUUGACCACUUCUGGUCUCCCCGAGCAACGUGCGACACCACCGGAACCCUGCAUCUCCCAGGCUAAGGUUGGAGCAGUUGAAAGCACGCGGCCCUGCUGCAGAAGGUCGGUGCUGAGCCGCAGCCGGCACCUUGGUCGGAUGGGUAGCAGCACCUGCUCGAGCGAGCCGGGCGCAUCACAGGGCCGGGGCGCAGACCCUCCUGGGGCGCGGACGUGCACAGAUCUGGCGGAGCUGGCGGCCGGCUUGAGUCACGGCAGUGACGGCUGCAUGGCGCUCGUGGAAGCCGCCGUGCGUCUGCAGCUGCAGGACGCACGCGGGCCGCCAUUUGCCUUGGACAUCUCCAGACUCUUCACCUGCUGUGUGCCCGGCCUGCCCGACGCAUGCUCCAGCGUCUGCCCAGGCUUCGUCACGCUCGUGCCGGCAUCCAGCGCCGCGGCGAUCCAGGCCCUGGCGCGUCGGCCGGCCCGCGUGGUCGUGAUGGACGGGGAUGUCACGCACACGUACCGCCACCCCGGGUUUCACGCGCCAGGCCGGAUGCAGACCCUGGGAGGCCUCGGGGAGCACGGAGCCCGGCCGCCGGAGCCCUCCGCUCGCACGAGCCCCUCCCUGCAGGCGUACAGGCCGGCCGUGCUCCGGGGCCUGGCCGCUGGCUGGCUCCAGUACCUUUCAGCCCUCCUGCACAACGCCGCCGGCUCCUCCGCCAUGGAGGCCAACACAGUCAUCCAGCGGCAUCUGCAGCACGCGCCAGCCUCGGGCUCGCCCAUAGGGAGCGUCCUGCAUGAACACAGUCGAGGCUGCGGGUGGAUGUUCAGCCCCCGGCUUCCAGACGAACGGGAGCGGGGCUCCAGGGUCUAUGAUGCGGUCACACCUAAGGUGGAGGCCUGGCGCCGCGCACUGGAUCUGGUUCUCCUAAUCCUGCAGACCGACAGCGAAAUCAUCACUGGACACGGACACACUCAGAUGCGUGCACAGCACGCAGACGGUGUUUCAUUUCUGUAGUACUCCCCGCUAAGUCUUUGGGAAGUAAACGGAUUUUCAUGUAUCAUGC